CACCUCAAUAAUGGAGAGGGAAUCAGAAAGCCUGGAGACGCAUUCUAGUGCAAAAAGGAAGAAGAACAACAAGAGCCAAAAUAGUAGGAGGUUUAGCGAUGAGCAGAUCAAGUUGCUGGAGUCGAUAUUCGAAGAAGAUUCAAAGCUAGAGCCAAGAAGGAAGAUGCAGGUAGCAAGAGAGCUGGGGCUGCAGCCGCGCCAGGUUGCGAUAUGGUUUCAGAACAGAAGAGCUAGAUGGAAGUCGAAGCAAAUCGAGCAGGACUUCAGGACUCUUCGAAAUGAGUAUGAUUUGUUAGCAUCUAAGUUUGAGUCCUUGAAGGAAGAAAAGCAAUCAUUGCUUAUACAGUUGGAGAAGCUAAAUGAUCUUAUGGGAAAACCAAAAGCUCGCGAUGCAGACACAGACGGUAAAGAGUUGGAAGGCUCAAGUAGCAAAGAUGGGAAUUGUGAGACUACAGAAGUAAAGCCAAGUCACUUACAGUCACAAAAGAAAAUUGCAAGUAAUGAUAUUGGGGAUGAAGGUCAUGAGCAGCUUAUGAACAUUUGUCAAGUAGAAGCUGCAGUGUCACCUGAAGAUUGGCUUAGAUUUGAUUCAGGUGGUAUGUUGCAUAGCAGUAGUGCUACUUCACAGUGGCUAAAUUUCUGGGUUGACUGAAAGGCUGGAGCUUGGAUAUGGAUAUUAUUUGGUUUGGAGAUUUUUUUCUCAUGUUUUGAGUCCUUCAAACCAAGCAUGAGUGAUCAUUUUUAUGUAUAUGUGGAUCAUGUAUGGCUUAACUACGUACCAAGCAUAUCCUAAUCUAAGGUAGACAGACUUGAUAGUUUCUGAUGAUUUGGCGACAAAGACAGACUAGCUACUUUGAGUCCAGAAAACACAGAGAAUGAUCUCGAUGCAAGAAUGUGCUUAUUUGUUUAUCAACGAGUACUAUAUGUAACUAUAUAUGUAUGUAAAUGUGUUUGUCAGAUUGAUUGUGAUCCAGGACAUGAAGCAUGUAAUGUGGACUGCAACAAUUGCAUGAAAUAAAAUUGUACUGAAAUUCUUU